GUCGGAAGUCAGCCAAAACCGUUAAAAACACCAAAACCCCUUUGAUCUAAAAAGGCUGAAGACGUCGAGGCUGCUCUCAAAGUCCUCCAGAAAUGCGUCAGCUACGCAGUUUGGUCUCAUCUUGCUUCGCGCAAGACGUCACAGCGCCGGACCCUCCAGGAACCAUAUAAGAAACCGGUGAGACAGAGUCGCAGCUCGCAGCCCCCAGGGACGACGAGGCAAGAGAGCUAGGAAGCAGGCGGAGGGAGGAAGAGGAGGAGGAGGAGAAGGAGGAGGCGGGUGAGGAGCUCCUUCUACCGCGCGGACGCACGGGAGGAGGGUGGGGCCUGACAAGGGUCCCACAAGCGACGCAACGGAUCUCCAGACGUGUAGGAGAAACACGGCUGGCAGAAGCAGAUGAAACUUCCAUCGCUGCAGUCCACAACGAUGCACCGGUGCCCAAGAUCACGCAGUCUCUGUGGAUCUACUUUGAACCUGCGGGCACACCUCCCUUGUGGAUGCUUUCAAAGGAGGAUCAACUGCCAGCUGCAUCAGAGAAUGGCCUCAAGCAGUUCAAUGUUGCAACUACCCGAAAUGGAAACGAGAUGCAUCAAUGCUAUACUACAUACAGCUAUUCGCAUAUGAGCGUAAGCGUGUUUAGCAUCACGAGGUGGUAGGUCCCUUGCGUAUUGGUGCGGCUGGGAUGGCGAGAAGCAGGAGGAGCAGCACGAAGAGGAAACGGAGAGGUCAGCACAGGGGGCACGAAAGGAGGACUGGAGCGUCGUUCCUGAAAACGACAAUCCCAGAUAGCAUGCGGGGGAAAACAGAAAAGCUCACAGCAUCAUGGCGGCACACAUCUGUCCAAGCACUUCAUGCCUGGGGAUGCUGUCGUCCGGUGCUCUACAAGAGCAAGGGACUCGGGAAACUGCUACUCUGACCUUCCAGGCGACAGCACGAAGUCUGCCGAGAAGGCAACCGAGCACAACGAUCAUCGUCUUGUGCAGAGGCGCUUACUUCGGAGGCGAGGGCAGCGAAUGCGCGCCUGCUUUCCGCCUUUCACCCCUUGCCAACGCUCUCGCCACUCUCUGGUGACCGACGGUGUGACGCCCCGCUAGGCACAAGGAGCCGAUCGAAAACUAAAGCGGCGCGCCCUCCGGCACCGGGGAAAACAGCACAAAACCACGCACCCCCGCGGCUCGGAAUGCCCAGCCGCGGGGGCGGGGAAAACCAGACGCCGACGCCCGAACUCGCAACCUGGCAUGCCCUAGACAAGAGGACAAAGCACAGCUGCACAAACAUACGCCGCCGCAGGUCCGCGCGGAGCUCCCGGAUCGGCGCCGGGCGCCGCCACCGGGCGCGCUCCGCGCGUCAGGCAGGGGGGUCCAGCGCCUCCGCGAGGACCUCUUGUGCAGCCCCUUCUUCUUCGACUACAGUCGGGGCGUUGACCUAAGGAACCCUAAAUAAGGAACGAGGCCCCUAUUUUCCAUAAGUAAAAAGUUCGAUUUCGCAUCGAAAGCCUGAGGAAAAUCUAAGGCAAGCUGCGAAGCAAUGAAGGAACACGGAGCCCCUCCCCAACGAAAAGGGUUCCUUCUUCAGGGCGCCGACUGUAUGCAGCCCCUUCUUCUUCGACUAAAAGGGUCACUGCCGCACAAGCCCGCGAGCGAGCUCCUGGGCACUGGGGCAUCGCGCAGGGCGCCAUGCACGGCUGGCAACAUUCCUGGCCGACGUCGCCACCGGCGUCACGACUCCGCGUACAGCUCCAGCCGAGCUCGCACGUCGGGCUCCGUCCACGCUGGCGUGCUGAACACGGGCAGCAGAGAAUGGCCGGCUGAACAGGGAGAGGUAGCGCUGGAGCCCUUCGCCGCUGCCUUUGGUGACUUCGAGUGCUCGCUCUGGCCCCAACUGGCGAGACUUGGGCGUGCUGAAGUGCGUCUGGAUUGGCAGGGGGCGUCGCCGAAUGUGCACUUCAUCAGCGGCAGGUGACUUCGGAGCCGGCAUGCCCGCACUGAGCGUGGGCAUUUACUGAGCUAGCUGGAGGGGAAUUCCCCGAGCUUGUGGCACGCGCGUCCUUAAAGAUGCCGUCCUUCAGAUGUACACCCAUCAAUACUGCGCAUGGAACUCCAAGGACAUGGGUGAGAGUUGCUGGAAGCAGAAGUUGGCUUGUCUGAGGGGACCAAGCCAAGUCUACGGGUUCGACUGCAGGUCCCUGUGGGGGCAGGUCGGCGUCCACAAGGGAAGCCGUUCCAACCGAAGUGUCCCAACCUGUUGGUGCCUGGCAGGAUGCGCAGCAUGGCCCACGAGGGCUGGAGUACCAUGUGGAACCUGCUCUACAACAGGAACAUACCGUAGACGGAUCUAUCCUUUCUCCGACCUUGCACCGCGCCGAACGCAACGGCCAUGUUGUCCAUAGACCUAUUCGCCCCGAAAGUGUCCAUGGACGUCAAGCACCCAUCGUGUCCAUAGACGGUUAUGGCUAAGACGUGAGAGCGGUAUUUGGCAUCGGCCUCGGAUGUUGGCUUUCUAGAAGGAGGUCGGCUUGGCCCUCCUGACGUCGUUCCACCCGAAAUGUCCGAAUCUGUUGGUGCCCAGCAGGAUGCGCAGCGUGGCCCACGAGGGGAAGCCCUCGGGAGGAGGACACACGUGGCAACCCUCACGCGCAUCACCCGUGAAGGGGGUCACCUGCACCAUUCGUCGGCCCCGGCUGCGGCUCUUCUUGCGCGGGCAACCCUGACCCGCAUUGCCUUAGUCGGGCCCCCUCGGCGCACAUCGCGCUCGUCGGCCCCAUGUGCGAUCCGACAACGCAGUGUCAGCGUGAUCGCCCCCCGCCCGGCCCACAAAACCACCCGAGCUCCGCCGCUCUUCAGUGCGCGAGGCCCGCAGCGCUGGCUAUACGCUCGCCGCCUGGCUGCCUCCACUCUCCUGGCCGUGCGGGGCCCUCCGGGAACACUCCCACAGGUAACGCCUCGGGAGCGACGAAGCGACAGCCACAGCCGCUGGCACCAGCAAGGCACCGCGCCCACCCGCAACGCACGCGAGGCGAGGUGGCAGCUGCACCGCCAGCGGGACAGAGCUCAUGAGCUGGCAUUUGCCACCCGAGUUUCCGUUUUCGGAUGUGCAGAAUCCUCCGCGGACCCUCCCGCAGUGGGGCCU